AUGGAUUGCUGGACCAAAUACGGUGGAGGCUCCGGUUACCUACUGAUUACCACACAAACGGGACCGAUGACUCCGAUGGUUUGGUCUCAACAACGUUGCGCGAGAGCAACCAUUCAGCUCCACCGGAUUACUGGAUGGGAGGCCGUGGGCGAAUGUUUGGACGGAGGUGCCUUUUUCCGCGUUGCUUGA